AUAUGCUUUCAGAAGAUGAAAAUAAAAGUAUAAUGGAUAUAGAAAAUCAAACUGACAAUAAAGAAAAUACUACUAAUAAUGAAGUUAAUGAUGAAAAUACAAUGAAUUAUAAAUAUGUGAUGGAUGAUGAUAAAAGAAUAAUAGAAUAA